GCCUCAGUGUUUGGUGGAUACAAUAAACAUAUACAGUACUGCAACGGUUAACAACAUGAAUACAGAAUAGAACUAACACCUAUUUUAAAAAAGAAAAAUUGUGCUCUUUACACAUUGUCUUGCCAUAAAAAGCCGGUGAACUCUGUCCACUUUAACUUAUAUAGCCUGAGGUGUGACUUUUGACCGGGUCACCAGCGAGCAGCGCGGAUCAGGCUUGUGAGGACCAGCGGGAACUCGCCGCGGUACGAACAGUCCCGACGCAGCGAGCGCACUUCACUCCCACUGAUAUCAGCACUUGACUUUAUACAGACUUGUCACAGCAGCAGCAGCAAACAUGUCGCGCUUCGUCGCCCGUCUCUUUGUAGUAGUUUCUCAGCACGCGACGGCCAGAUCCGUGGUGUUAUCGAGGAGGAUCCCGGUAUUCAUCCGUCCUGUCUCCACAUCUCAAGGCCUGCAGUCUCUGACCCGCUAUGAUGAGACCACAGACUGGCAGAAGAAACUGACCCCAGAACAGUAUGUAGUCACCAGAGAGAAAGGGACUGAGGUGCCCUUCAGUGGAAUCUACCUUAACCAUUCUGAAGUGGGGAUGUACCACUGUGUCUGCUGUGAGGCUCCACUUUUCAGUUCAGAGGCUAAGUAUGACUCUGGGACAGGCUGGCCAGCAUUCAAAGAGGCUCAUGGGGCAUGGCAGAGGGACGAAAGCCACGCCUCCAUUAUUCGUCGCCCUGACAACAGCCUGGGUAGUACAGGGACAGAGGUCCUUUGUAAAAAUUGUGAUUCCCACCUGGGUCAUGUGUUUGAGGACGGACCGGACCCGACAGGUCAGCGGUUCUGCAUCAACAGUGUGGCGCUCACGUUUAAACCCAGAGGAAACAACUGAUCCUGAGAAGGAUGAGCAGAACUAAACUCCCUGGACUUAAAAACAAAUCGAAGGUCCACCUAAAUGUCCGAGCAGUUUACAAGUGAGAAGCUUUGUGUGGCACAAAGUGUCUUAAUGAUUUAAUUUUGAAGGAGGACGACCUCCUGGGGUUUACUAAAGUGGAAGGGAAUUAAGUUCAGUGGAUAUUUGCUCUGCAGGGAAGUCUACAUGCAGCUCCUACAAUGAAAAACAAACUCCCCGAAAGAAGUCACUGUAUGAACUGUUUUAAUUAUUCACUCAUUUCCGUUGAGUUGGUUUUCAAACUGAAUGUAUAAAUGUCUUCAUGUCUAAAAUAUGUCAAAAUACUGGAUCUGAAUUAAACCUCUAUUUCUGAAGGGAUUGCAAAACACAGGAAGUUCUGACGUUGCUGCAUCGUGUGUUUUUCAGUCUGCGGUCACAUGUACAAACUGUUUUGUUAGGAAUCAAGAAAACUUGAAUGAGAAUUUGUCAAUAAAUGCACAUUUUGUUUGUUCUCUGAA